CUGUCAAAGAUGCGCAACAUCCCACUGUUCUUUCGCAUCACAUCGACAUCACUGCGCUUCUGACAGAAAAUCGAGCUGUCACUCUCCGGUCUCCAUCGUAUCUUCAACCAAAACGUGUCAGCUCGAAGUCUAGCCAGCGACUAUGUCAUGCCAAAUGGUAAACAAACGCUCGCCUGCCAUAAUAGAUACGAGAGGAGAAGUCACUGUCGGAUUGAGGUGGAUUAGACCAGUUGAAGUCACUUGCACAAGACAUCAACUCUCUGGUUUUCCGACGAUGAAGCGACCCAAGAAGGAACAAUAGAUGUGAGCGAUUCAUGGCUUUGUUAGAAAUGUUGAAUUGUGGCAACCCAAUUCAGCGACUGACAUGAACAAAAUAAUUUGUCUGAGUAGCUGAUGCUACUGUUCCAUAUGCAAAGAAGCCUUUAGACCUGACAAGUGGCGUAUGUAGCCUACUAGAGCGUUGGACUAGUAACCGAAAGGUUGUGGGAUCGAAUCCCCGAGCUGACAAGGUAAAAAUCUGUCGUUCUGCCCCUGAGCAAGGGCGCCGAAGACGUGGAUGUCGAUUAAGAAAGACCCCGCACCUCUCUGAUUCAGAGGGGUUGGGUUAAAUGCGGAAGACACAUUUCAGUUGAAUAGGUUCAGUUGGACAACUGACUAUGUAUCCCACUUUCACUAGUAGGCUACCGAAAUAACAAGACCGUAGACUGUUCAGGAAUGCGCUCAUUUGGGAUUUGGAAUGCAUUUUACGCAGCAGAGAACUUUGCUUUAAUCGACGUACUUGUAUCAUGAGAGAAUAAUAGUUAUUCUAGGAACAUGGACAAAUAAUGCACAAGCUUUGCCUGAUGCGAUGAGAUACUCUUCAAGUUCUCUUGAGAAUUGGAGCCAACCAUACCAACACCGACAAAAAUUUAAGUUUGGACUGUGUGUAAAGCCAGAACCGACAAACCAAUUUCACGGGAACACCGCAUCUAUAUUAAAGCAUCUUCACAGACUCGCAUAGCGAGUCUGUGAGCAGGUGAGUGCGGGAUCCUGUCUGCCCCACUGUCCAGCGACAUAAUGAGCUGGAGCUUCCUCACGCGGCUGCUGGAGGAGAUCCACAACCACUCCACCUUCGUGGGGAAGCUGUGGCUCACCGUGCUUGUCGUCUUCCGCAUCGUCCUCACCGCCGUCGGGGGAGAGUCCAUCUACUAUGACGAGCAGAGCAAGUUCGUCUGCAACUCGGGCCAGCCGGGCUGCGAGAAUGUCUGCUACGAUGCCUUCGCGCCGCUAUCGCACGUCCGCUUCUGGGUCUUCCAGAUCAUCCUGGUGGCCAUGCCAUCUCUCAUGUACAUGGGCUACGCCGUCAACAAGAUCGCCCGGCUGGACGAGGACAAGGGCGGGGGAGGGUUGACCACUGAGACAGGGGGAGGGGAUGGAGGGGGCUACACCCACCGGAGGCCCAGGAAGAUCUGCUUUGGGGCGCGGCAGCACCGGGGAAUAGAGGAGGACCAGGACCAGGACCAAGAGGAUGACCCUAUGAUCUACGAGGUGCCUGAGCCCGAGCCCCCUCGCCGGGUCGACCCGCUGGCCCCGCGGCCCAAGCCCAAGGUACGCCAUGACGGGCGGCGGCGUAUCCAGGGUGACGGGCUGAUGCGUAUCUACGUGCUGCAGCUGGUGACUCGCACGGCGCUGGAGGCAGGCUUCCUGGCGGGCCAGUACCUGCUGUACGGCUUCCGUGUGAUUCCUGUGUUCGUGUGCUCCUUCGAGCCCUGCCCCCACAGCGUGGACUGCUUCGUGUCACGGCCCACGGAGAAGACCAUCUUCCUGCGCAUCAUGUACGGUGUCACGGUGCUCUGCCUCACCCUCAACGUGUGGGAAAUGCUGCACCUGGGCAUCGGGACCAUCUGUGACAUCCUCCGCCGUCGCCGCUGCCCACCCCAGGAGGACGAGUACCAGCUGGGGCUGCUGGGACCCAGCGUAGGGGUCUCCGUGGGGGUGCCCGGGCCGGAGCCGGGAGCAGGGGGAGGGGUGGUGGGGGAUGGGGGUGCUGAGUACGUGGGGUACCCGUUCUCGUGGAACGCCCCGUCAGCUCCACCAGGCUACAACAUCGUGGUGAAGCCGGAACAGAUUCCUUACACAGACUUGAGCAACGCCAAGAUGGCGUGCAAGCAGAACCGGGCCAACAUCGCCCAGGAGGAGCAGCAACAGUUUGGAAGCAACGAGGACAAUUUCCCCACGGGAGGGGAGGCCCGCGUGGCCCUCAACAAGGACAUGAUCCUGCAUGCCCAUGACCAGCUAGAGGCAGCCAUCCAGGCCUACAGCCAGCAGCACAGGGCAGAGGAACACCUGGGGGACAACCAUGAUGACAAGCCCCAAAGCAACAUCACCCAGGCCCAGCCAAAGCCUCAGCCUCACAAGGAGCGCAAGCACCGCUUCAAACACGGCAAGGGGGGCAGCAGUGGAGAAGGGACUGGAAGCAGCAGCAACAGCAGUAGUAGCAAGUCAGGGGUGGGCAAGCCUUCUGUGUGGAUUUGACCCCAUACACACACAAAUAGACAAACACACACACACUCAAGCCCUGGCCUGAGCCAGCACUGACGGAGCCCCAUAUCCGUGUAGUGUAUGUGUCAGUGAGGGAAGGGGUGGUCCCGAAAACACCAGCGCCAGCCCUGAAUGGAGAGCUGAGGUAGUGGGAUGUCAUGCUGUCUUUCUGUGGAUAUUUCAACACCAUGUUGUGCCUUUAAAAAUCCCACAAGCUGGAGGAGACUAGCCUACAGUAGUAAUAUGUCAGUGUGGACAGGCGAGGAGAGGUGUGUCAAGAGCACUAGGGAUUUUUCAGCAGGCAGUUGUGUGUCUGGGUUGUCGCUGUCUAACCUACAAGACCCCGACACAACUCUCUGAAACAGUCUCUAGUGUUUCUGAACUCUUCCAGUUCUGAAGCAGACACUUGUUCUCUGUUGUUUUCCUACUGUCCCGUCUUCCAGUAGCCUGACGACUCACAGUAAAUUAUUCUGUAGUUCGCUGCAUACUUUAGUCUGAGCCUGCCAUUAUUGAAGUCGUUUGUGGUGACGAAGGGCACAUGGGGCAUUGUACAAACAAAGUCAUUAGCGAUUGGAUCGUCUCUAACCAAUCAGAGUCCAUGAGGAAUUUUCAAACUGAAUGUGUUGGCAUUCGGUGAAGGGUUGGGGAGGUACUCAGAUCCAGACUCAUUGAGGAGAAGAAACUAACGUCUGUGGGUGUGGUGUAGCGUUUGGCCGGAGCAAGGAUUCUGGGCAGCCAGGCAAGUCUUCUAGAGGAUAUUGGGCUGAGAAAAUUACUAAAUCGUUAUCACCAUCUCUUUUUGGGGAUUUCUGAUCCAUUUAUUUAUAUCCCGUCCAUUCUCUUGGUGAUCCUGAUUUCCAUGCCACAUUUUGAUCAAGAUAAUCUGCUGGCUGACUUUCUGCAAAGUCACAGACUUCAUAAUACAUUGGCAUCAGAAUGAAUGGACAUCAUAAUGCAAUGACAUCGCAAUACAAACACCGUAUAAAACAAUGACUUUAUAAUGCAAUGACAUCAUAAUGCAAUGAAUGACAUUGUAAUACAAAGACAGUAUAAAACAAUGACUUUAUAAUGCAAUGGCAUCAUAAUGCAAUGAAUGACAUCAUAAUACAAAGACAGUAUAAAACAAUGACUUUAUAAUGCAAUGACAUCAUAAUGCAAUGAAUGGCAUUGUAAUACAAAUACAGUAUAAAACAAUGACUUUAUAAUGCAAUGACAUCAUAAUGCAAUGAAUGACAUCAUAAUACAAAGACAGUAUAAAACCAUUGCUUUUAAUGCAAUGACAUCAUAAUGCAAUGACUUCCUAAUGCAGGGAUAAUAAUGAAAAGGUCAAUCACAAUGUAGAUGUUCAAAUUCCCUGAAGGCUAUUGUCUGUCUAUUUUCUCUCCAAGGUCGCUGAUGUUUAAUAUGUGUGUGACUUUAUAUUUGACCCAGGCCAAGUCUUUGAGUGCAUGCAUCUUCCAGGUGGAGGGACUGAUCAUGGCUUGAUCAGAUGAAAGUGGUCAGGGAGAUGGUUGAUGGAGACAGAGUCUGGUGAAGAGGGCUACUCUUGUAGCCACUGGAGUUCCCCUCCUUCACAAUGUGUAUGAGAAGCAAUUAUUCUCACCAUUAAUUAUUACCAUUUAUUGACAACUCCCUGUGUAAACCUGCACUCUUUUCACUUUAUUUUCUCUGUGUUUCUCUGUCACUAGUUCUCUCCAUUUUGGACCUGUGUAAGGUUUUCUCAGUACUGGGUUGACAUUUUAUCUGUCUGAUUAUUGAGUGCCCCCUGGUGGUAAACUAAGGAUUUAUCAUCCCGUUAGUACAACAUUACUUACUUUAAUUUGGUAUUUUACUAGUACUUACUAAUUUCGAGUUACCAAUGAUCACCCAACAUUCCAAACACCUGAAGUUAGUCUCUCCAGUUACACAGCAGCCCCCUGUUUCCUUUUCAACCUCUUCCUUCCAAGAACCUUCCUCACAGUGUUCAAUAUGAGACCAACAAGGCUGGAAUAAAAACAGCUCUCCAAGCUAGCCGUGUUGAUGAAGAUCUGCCUCUCUGUUCUCCUCUGUCCAAGUAUUUCUCUGAACUGCCAUAUAGGCUCUGUCCCAAAUAGCGCCCUACUCCCCUUGGGCCCUGGUCAAAAGUACUGCAAUAUAUAGGGAAUAGGGUGCCAUUUGGGAUGAAGCUAUAGAGACCAAACACUGUUAGUGUGAUGACGGCAGCGUCACUGCCAUUGCCAAGACAACGUUAGGCUACUAUGCAGCCAGGUUGUCAUGUAGCUUUGCUAAGGAAUACUGUGGCCAUGCUACCUGAAUCACAAAGGAGAAGAACCUGUGUGCUGUAUGUAAGACCAAUCCUUUGUAUUUUUUGUAAAAGUCGCUCUGUUUUCUAUUAUGUGUAAGUGUGUUUCGGUGUGUUUUGGGAGGUCUAAUGUAGCAGAAGUUAAAUUGGUUUCCGUUUUUUUUUGACCAGUGGUGUUUUUCAAACAAAACUUUUUUUCUUCAAUAAAGAUUUUUAAAAUAAACAAUAAAGAUUGUUUUUACAGAUAAUUUCUUCUAUAAUUGUUUUUCUUUCAUUGCCUUCAAAUUGUACAAAUAAUAUAUUUUUAUAGGUACAAUAGUUGUGUAUCAUGUUGUUGAUGUGUAAAAUAAAAAAUGUAAUUGCCAAAUGUAUCCUUGUUUGGAAAUAG